AUGGCAUCCACAGCAUCGACUCUUUCAUGGAGUUCUUCCUCGUUGCUUCAAAGCUUCGCUGCAAACACAAACGAAGCCUGUAAAUUGUCAGAUAGAAGAACGGGCUUGGUGGUUUUUGCCCAAAAGAAAGCCAAGAAGGCUCGAACGAUAAUUCUCAAGGAGGAUAUAGCUGACCUGGGAAAGAAAGGGGAGCUUCGUAGUGUGAAAGCUGGUUAUUACAGGAAUUAUCUGCUACCAUUGGGCAAGGCCCAGCUUGUCACUCCUGUGCUGCUCAAGGAAAUGAAGAUGGAAGACGAAAGGAUUGAGGCAGAGAAAAUAAGGGUGAAAGAAGAGGCGCAGCAACUUGCUAUUAUUUUUGAAACUGUUGGAGGUUUCAAGGUGAAGCGCAAAGGUGGAAAAGGAAAGCUAAUUUUUGGAAGUGUGACCCCGCAAGAUCUCGUUGACAUAAUCAAGGCACAACUUAACAGGGAUGUGGACAAGCGAAUUGUUUCUCUUCCAGAUAUUCGAGAGAUAGGAGAGUAUAUUGCAGAACUGAAGCUUCACCCAGAAGUGACUGCUAAAGUGCGGGUGAUCGUUUCGGCUAACUAG